CUUGUCAGUACCUAAUGACAUUGUCUUUGUCAUCCGAUGUAAAAUAUGGUUGAUUUUAAGCAACAUGCAUUGCUUUACUUGAAUUAAGCAUUUUAACGUCCACGAAAGUAAAUAUUAUAUGUGAAAAGAGAACUGUCCGAAGUAUCAAUAAGUUUAGAACUGAUUGAAUGACUACUAAAAAUGUCGAACUGGAUUGGUUACGCCGUGUCCGUGAACUGCGGGGACCCGCUGGGCUGCUACCAAGGGACAAUACUUGAAGCUGAUGGAAAUACAAUCACGCUUACAAAAGCAUUUAGAAACGGUUUUCCUUAUCCGAAGUCACAAGUUACGCUUAAUGCAGCAGAUAUAAAGGAUCUUAAAAUUAUAGAAGAAGCAAAAUCGGUGCCGCUAGAACAGACUCAUAGUACUGUUGCUGUAACUAAGAAUAACAAAAAAGGACCACGAGCAACGGUAUGCGAAAAUUUGCAAGCAAAUUCAACAACAACAGGUUCACAACAGAGCACCAAUGUGAACAACAAGUCAUCGGCAAGUCGAGGGCCGGGGGCAGCUCCCGCUCGCAGCAAGCCUAUAGACAUACAAAAUAACAGAAACAAGAAUAACAAUCACUGUGGCAGCUACGGCGCGGCGAGCUCGACGCCGAAGGCGCGCGGCGUGCACGAGCGCGCGCGGCGCCGCAACGAGGCGUGCUUCGGGGACGCCGCAGACCCCGCGCUGGCCGACGACUUCGACUUCGAGGGGAACCUCGCGCUAUUCGAUAAACAGGCUCUGUGGGAGGAGAUGCGGUCGGGCGCGGGCGCGGGCGUGCGGCCCGACGUGGUGCGCGCGGCGGACGAGGCGGCCAGCGCGGCGGCCGCGCGCCUGCGCCACGACGAGAACGUGCUCGGCGCCGCGCCGCCGCCGCGCGCGCUGCGCCUGCCCGCCGCCCUGCGCGCGCCGCACGAGUACGCCACGGACGACGGGCUGCGCGUGCCCGCCGCCGGGCCGCGCGCGCGCCGCGUGCUGUGGGCGGCGCUGCGCCGCGCGGGGCCCGCCGUGCUGCGCGCCAGCCUGGCGCUGGCCGCGCGCGCCGCCGCCGACCUGGCGCUGCGCCUGGCGGGCGGCAGCCGCCGCCUCGAGCCGCGCAACGCGCACCAGGCGCCCGUCGUCGUCGUCGUCGUCGGGCCGCACCGGUUCGGCGCGUGCGGCGUGACGGCGGCGCGGCUGGCGGCCUCGCACGGCGCGCGCGCACACGUGCUGCUGUCGGGCGGCGCCGCGCCCGGCCCCGAGCUGCAGCGCGAGCUGGACGCCGCCGCGCUGGCCGAGCUGCCCGUGCACCGCGCCGCGGACGCGCUGCCGGCCGCGGACGUGAUCGUGCUGGCGCUGUACGACCCGCUGCUGGACGACUCGCAGGGCGCGCACGAGGGCGCGCUGCGCUGGGCGGCGGGCGCGCGCGCCGGCGUGCUGGCGCUGGAGCCGCCCGGCGCGGGCUGGGCGGGGCUGGCGGCGCGCGCCUCGCUGGUGGCGCCGCUGCCGCCCGCGCCCGCGCCCGCGCUCGGCCGCGUCUUCCUCGCCAACGUGGCGCCGCCCAUCUCCAUCUUCAAGGACCUCGACAUCGUGUAUCGCCCGCCCUUCGGUGCCUCCUCCCUGCUCGCGCUCAACUAGCCGCAGGGGGAACCUGUAGAAACAUGCAUAAUAUUGAUAUAUAAGGACGGAGAGAUCAUACAAUUUUAUUCAAUUUUUAAAAUGGGAAACGAAUUACUAAAAGUGUUUCACGUUGUCAAUGUUUCGUUACAUAUCACAGAAGUCAAUAGAUUUAUUUGUAAUGAUGUGUUGUGUUAAAACUAGAAAUGUAUGAUACAACAAAAUAAUUUUCUUUUAAAUUAAAAGUCAAUGAAACCGAAGAUCUAUUUAUAUUUGUGGCAUGUGACAACAACGAUAUUAGAAGUAACGAUAUAAAUGCGAAGCAUUCUACGUAAUCUUGUAAGGGGCCAUCCAUUAAUCACGUGAUGUUUUUUUUGGUAUUUUUUGACACCCCCCCCCUCCCCCUUGGUGAUACGUGGUGAGGUUUAAGACUACCCCUCCCCCCUCCCCCCUAUAUCACGUGUAUUUUUUCGUACCUGCAAAGAAUCAAUUUUUUAUUUAUAAAAAAAAAUGUUAUAAGUAUCAUCUAAUUUUAUUAUAGUAAAUUAAAGACUACUAUAAUAAACGUUCAGAGGUAGACAGAAAGAUUGCAGUUUGUUUUUGAAUGACAUAAAAAUAAUGAAAUAUAUGCGAAAAAGUUGUACGCGUUUGACUAAAAAUAAAUACAUUUAACGCCGCUUUUUGGUUGAGUAUCGCGCGCUUGUCGAAAAAUAAAUACACGUGAUAUAUUACUUUACCCCCCCCCCCCCCCCCUUGUGAUAUUUCGUGAUGUUACUAUUGACCCCUCCCCCCCCUUUCGAGCCUCACGUGAUUAAUGGACAGCCCCUAAAGAAUCGUAAUGGAAUAAUAAUAAUUAACGCGUCGGCGUGUUCUGUGAUAUUUCAGAUGAAUUAUAUUUUGAUAUAUCGUGAAUGUUUGUGCGAGACGAACGCUCGGUCGCCAUUUAUUUGAGGGUGUUUGCUUAUAUUUGUACAAUUGGAGUUUA